GGCAGCAAAGUGCGCCUGUGCGCGGAGGGAUGGCUGAGCGCGGAGCGGCGCUUCCUCUCUGAGCCUCGCAGUCCGAGGGCUGACUCCUGUCUGCGGGGGACGAUCUGGCCCGGAUCCCGCCUGGAUCUCAACCUGGACCUCUCCUGGACCUGGACCUGCGGGGACAACCAUGCUCAGUCUUUAUGUCUCCGUGCGUGGAGCGGCCGGACCGCUGCGCCGUUAACGAUGCGCGGACGCGCCGGGAGAGCGCGCCGAGUCCGAUCCUCCGACCUGGAAACUUGUCUUGUUGUUGGGAUCUAGUAGGGACGAGAUGCAUCUGUUUCGGAGUCACAAUUACCAAGUGUUCCCGAACCGGUUCUCAUGGGAGACGCCGCGUAUACGGGGCAUCAGCUGGACUCCGCUGCCAGAAGCCCUGGAUUCAAAGGACACAAUGAAGCAGUUUCUUUCAGAUCGUGUUGUGAAGGCAGGGAGAUCCGUGUACGGCGUUAUUAUCGAGAGGAGUCCCGGUCUGAUCCGAGACAGAAAGUAUCACCUGAAAACAUACAGACAUUGUUGCUCUGGUAAGGACCUGGUUGAUUGGCUGAUGAAGCAGAACGACUGCCUCCAGUCCAGAAGCCAGGCCGUUGGGAUGUGGCAGGUCUUACUCGACGAGGGAAUCCUCACUCACGUGAAAGAUGAGUUGAACUUCCACGACAAGGACACCCAGUUCUACCGCUUCAAGGACUCGGAGUUUGGCCUGAACCCCGUCAGCAAUGAGAAGGAGUCGGAGGACGAGCUUCAGGAAGCUCUGUGUCUGCUGUCUCAGCUCGGUCCGGACGCUCUGCUCACCAUGAUUCUGCGUAAAUGCCCCGGUCAGAGGACUGCAGAGGACCUGGAGAUCAUCUACGAGGAGCUGCUCCAUGUGAAAGCUGCCGCACAUCUCUCCACCUCGGUGCGUAAGGAGCUGGCGUCAGUGCUGCUGUUUGAAUCCCAUCCUAAAGCUGGAACAGUGUUGUUCAGCCAGGGAGAUAAGGGCACGUCCUGGUACAUCAUCUGGAAAGGCUCUGUAAACGUCAUCACGCAUGGGAAGGGCCUUGUAACCACUCUGCAUGAGGGGGAGGACUUUGGGCAGCUAGCUUUGCUGAAUGACGCCCCUCGCGCUGCCACCAUCAUCCUGAGAGAAGACAACUGCCAUUUCCUCCGGGUCGACAAACAGGAUUUUAUUCGGAUCCUCAAGGAUGUGGAGGCAAACACCGUGCGACUGGAGGAGCAUGGGAAGACCGUGCUGGUGUUGGAGAAGAGCGCCGACUCGGCUCUGCAAGGAGGAGCUGGAACCAAGAGCAAGUACAGCGUUAUGUCGGGAACACCUGAGAAAAUUGUGGAACACCUCCUGGAUAGGAUCAAACUGGAUUCCAACGGAAAUGACCCUACAGACUCCUGCGUCGGUGACUUUCUCCUAACCUACAAGGUGUUCAUGUCCUCCAGUCAGCUGUGUCCUGCCUUGCAGCAUCACUACCAGGCAGAGCUGUCCGAGGGCUCGGAGCAGGAGAAGGCUGCCUACGUCCUCAACGCCAAGCAGAAGGUAGUGAGAUUCAUCGGCCAGUGGGUGGCGCUCUAUGGCCUCCAUCUGAAAGAGGACGCUGUUGCUUUGGACUUUUUGGAGAGAAUGAAAAAGGAGGUGGCAUCUGAUCACCGAUUGUCCAGCAUGCUCAGGGAGCAAUUUAAGGAGAGAAGGAGAACAAGAGUUUUGGAGAAUGGAUAUCAGUCGCUGAGUAGGAACCACCACUUUGACUGGUUUUCCAACUGUGAGGAGCCAGUGGGGAGGGUCCAGACAAUAAAAGCACAGGACAAAGUGUUGUAUGAGAUCUACAGGCCAGACGGCAAACCUCUCACUCUGAUGCUGCCAGUGAACUCAUCGGUGCAGGAUGUGAUGUCAGCAAUAGUUAAACCUGGUGGAGAUCAUGUACUUGUCAAAAUGAAUUCCACCGGAGACAGAGUACAGUUAAAACUGGAUACCACUGCAGUCUUCACCGGCCUGGGUCUCAGUGAGAGACUGUUCAUCUGCACGAGCAGUGAGGUGGAGCAGCUGAGGCCCUUAAAGGAGCAGCAGGGCCCAGAGCAAGGAACUACCGACACCCUUGAGCAGAUGGGCUCUAAAGACACGGCCACUGAGCUCACCAACUACGACUGGGAACUGUUCACUGCCCUGCAUGAGGUGGAGCUUGUUUACUACAUAUUUGGCCGUCAUAAAUUCCCAGGUGCCAUCACAGCGAACCUGCAGCGCUUCGUGCGUCACUUCAACGAGGUGCAGUACUGGGUGGUGACGGAGCUGUGUCUCUGCGAAGACCUGGUGAAACGGGCCGUUCUGCUCAAGAAGUUCAUCAAGAUCGCUUCAGUGCUGAAAGAGCAGAAGAACCUGAAUUCGUUUUUCGCUGUGAUGUUUGGUCUAAGCAACAGUGCCGUGCAGAGGCUUUACAAGACCUGGGAGAGAAUACCGAGCAAGACAAAAAGAAUCUACUGUGCUUAUGAGAGACUGAUGGACCCCUCACGCAACCACAGGGCCUACAGACUGGCUGUUGCUAAACUCAGUCCCCCUUACAUCCCCUUCAUGCCUCUGCUGCUGAAAGACAUGACAUUCAUCCACGAGGGCAAUCCGACAUACGUAGACAAAUUGGUCAAUUUUGAAAAGAUGCGAAUGCUUGCAAAGACAGUGAAAAUAGUGCGAAACUGCAGAAGCCAACCGUACGUGCCUUCAUCUCCACAGCGGGGUCUGGCGGAUCGGAUGUUUCUGGAAGGGCCUUCUUCUCGCUUAUCCACGUACUCGGACCACGUCCUCCCUCUGCGGACGCCCAGCAACAUCAGACACUACGUCCAGAACCUGAAGGUGAUUGACAACCAGCGGAAACUGACGCAGCUAUCCAGAACAAUCGAAUGCUAGGACAUCCUCCUGCGGCUGGAGAGAGACUGGAAAACUGGACCUAAACAGGAACCAGAGAACAGACCGCAGCUUGACGCAUAAAACCAUCACAGCCACCUGAAUUACAGUGCCAUUCAAAAAGCUCUGAGAUUUACCGUGACGCCUUCGGCGCCGCGCAGCAUUGAGAGUGAAAAUGUGCCGUGAGCACGGUGAUGACCUCCAAUGCUGAACUGGAGAAAAUGACUCUGUGUCCACAGGACUUUUACCCGACAAGCCGGACAUCUCUGCAGAAACAUGGACAGCAAAGUGCUGCUGUCUUUGGUGUGAUAACUAUUCUUAUGUGAGAUGUUGUAUUUUGCUGUCUGUGGAGGAACCGCAAGGCUCCUCAGCACAUGCUACGAAUCACUCCAGCUCUUUGUCCACAAGUGUUUUCACUUUUAAAGUAAUAUAUUUUAUCAUAAUUUUUAGCUGCAGGAGCACAAACCGACAUGCACGUAAUUUCAUAAUGUGUUGUUUUUUCUAAAUAAAUUAUUUUCCCAUUUCUGUGUACAUAGUCAAUGAGA